UGCGUUUCAAAACAAUGCUAUCGCUAUGCCCGCGACGAAGACGAAAUACCACAGCCUCUCAUUGAAUUUGGCCAGGAACACACACACAAAUGUCAAAAUGAAACAGAUUUUUUAGAUAAAAAUGUUCGUCAAGUCAAAUAAUGUCAAGAGUCAAUCCACUGGCAAGAACCUAGAUACAUAUACCAGAAACCACUGAGAGAUGAAAGACAAGGUCUGAAUUACUUUGAUCUGUACAGAAAAUGAGCUCUAACCAUGUAAACGACUCAUUCUUUGACUCUGAUGGAGACCAAGAUAAAGAAGAACCUUUUACCUUGAAAGGAGAAUACCAUCGGAGCGUUACUCCGCCCUCUCACUCGUCAAACUCCCCCCACAACGAUAAACCCGACUCCGGCAACAGAACAGCUGGAAAGACCUCGCAGGGUCACUCUCGAUCGUCGACAUCUGGAAAUUUCACUGCGGAUUCGGACACCAUGUCGUCGCAUAAGAGAGAUUCGUCCGGAUCUUAUCAUGACCGCUCAAGGUCAAGGACACCUGACUAUUCAGACUCUUUUGACUCGGAGGAUUCCAUGCAGGAUUCUAGACGAGGAUCCCCAGUGAGGAAUAGGAAAUCAACUCGGAGGAGCGCGGCAUCGACAUCGACAAGCAGAUAUAACUCAGGGACUAGUAAGGAUAGUAGAUCAACGUAUCGGUCAUACGGCAGAGCAACUAAACCUAGUGUAAAGAAAGCUCCAAAGAAGAAGGGUGUGGGACGAUCACAAAGCGUGACAGCCGCACAGCAGUCACCAAGGAGCACGGAGGUCACGAGACGAAUGCUCUCUGCCAAAGGUCACACCAUCAACAAGCUCAGAAGUGAUUUUGACGAUCUGCGGCGAAAAUACGACGAUGCCAUCAGGGAAAAUAAGUUGAUGAAACAACUGCAGAGGCGCCAAGAAGCAUCGCUUGCCAAGUUUGAGGACAAAGAUGAGGAACUGCCGCAAUUGCUGCGUAGCCAUGCGGCGGAAGUGGACAACCUCCGGGAGAGGCUCCGCAGAACGCAGGACAGGGAGAAGGAUAAAGACAGGAGAUUGAAGGACAAGAAUGAGGAGUUGAAUAGGUUGAACGAUGAGUUGAAGAAACUGAGACACUUGGCAGACAACAAGCACCUGUUAGAUAGGGAUAAGCUGCAGAGGAAAGUGGAUAGGCUUCAGGACAAUUUUGAUGAGAAAGAAAGAAGAGUUAAUGAGCUUGAGAAACAUGUAGAGAACAUGAAGAAGAAUGUAAGGCAUGACAGUGAACAAUGGAAGCAACGUGAACGAGAGUACAGAGCCAGGGUGGCAUACCUUGAGGAGGAAAAUCAAACUACUAAAUUUCAACUCAAAGAAAAAGAGAAAGAGCUUGAUAUUAGGAACAUUUACAGCCAUCGCGUGAUGAAACCUCCUGCAAAGCUCAACAACACCCUCAACUCUACCCCAAGGCCCCUUGCUCAGACACGAGCCACCUCCAAUGACGACAUCAAGAACACCAAGCCGGCGCCAACCAUAAAGAGAUCGUCCUCUGCAGAAGAGAAUCGAAAGACGGAUCACACCCCAAGACCACCAAAACCGGAGGUCAAGCCGGAGGUCAAGCCGGAAGAGAAGAAAGUUACUCCAAGGAUAGAGGAAAAAAAGCAGCUGUCGGAGCAUGACAAGAUCUUGUUGGAUCUUGAUGGCGGUUUCAAGCCUCUCCCGCCCCCAGCGAAAAAGGAUGAUGAUAUCUUGAACGAUUUGGACAAUGAGAUUAAGAAGAGGGAAAGACUCGAUGAGGAAAAGAUGAGGUCAGAACAGAGGAUGAAGAGGGAGAAGGAAGAACAGCAAAGGAAACGGCAAGCUGAUGAAGAAGAAUGGAGAAGGCGCUUAAAGCAGGAAGAGGAGGAAACGAAGAGGAAAGAAGAAGAAGAGCAACGGAAGGGCCAGCUAAGCUUCUUUUCGGGUCCUAAAAAUCCUUAUAAGUCUUCCAGGAGCAAAGCAAAAUCUUCCGCAUAUGAACCCUAUUUCCCAUCAAACAAUAAAAGCACCUCCAGUACCUCAGUUUCAAACUCUUUCAACGGAACAGACUCGUACAAGCCUUCCUUUGCCAACUCCUCUUUUAAAGCUCCCUUCUCAAACUCUCCCAAGGAAACAGAAUCUGACGAGCCCUCGUUCUUGCCAUCGACCACGACAAGGUCUCCUAGGAGGGGGGAAGAUGCGAAAGAGGAAGGUGGUGGGGUGGGGAGGUUGGGAAGGCGAGAGGAAAAGAAGCCAUUUUGGUUGACGAAAGAUAACGAGCAGGACAGGCCAGAAAGAGCAAGGGACAUUUCAGCGGAGAGAGAGAGGAAACAGAAGGAAGAAGCACUUGUCAAAUCUUCCACUUUCGUCACCGACGACAAAGCUCCCAAAACUCCCAUCUUCAACGGCGCAUCUUCCGAUGAGGAAGACAACGUCCCCUUCUUUGGGUCCAAACCCAAGAAAGCCCCGUACUCCAGACCCAAGGGCGCCCCACCCCCCUCCUCCAACACCAGUUAUUCUGGGGCGGCCGUCAAUAGCGUGAGAGACCUGCACAAGUACUCCAGUAAUGCUCGGCGGAAUAGCGGCGGUAGUAAGCCCAACUCGAGAGAGAGUGGCGAUAAUAAUGAGAGGAAACGAGAGGAAGAAGAUCUGGCCGCACAGAGGAAGAAGCAGAAGGAGGAGUCUGAGAGGCUUGCGGAGGAACGAAGGAAGAAGGAUAUCCUGCUGGCCAAGAUGAGAGAUCUCGACACCAAACCAGCAUCAGGGGGAACCAAGAAAGAUUACAAAUUCACCCAGCCUAUUGAGAAUCUACACAACGGGAAGCCAUCCCAUCCAGAUCUCCAAGGGUCUCCUAACUCUACCCCUAAGAAGAAACCUGCCGCGGAUACCGACGCUGUGUUUGGAAGUUACGCCCCCACCUUCGGGCGUCGCGCAGCAGCUGGUGACAAACCACCUGUCAAGAAAGGGGGUCUAUUCGACGACGACGACGAUGAUGACAGUGACGACAUCUUUGCGACGCCAAAACCGAAGCCGACGGACAAGUCCAAAGACAGGAGGUCAAAUUUUUUUUCAGACAAUAAAUCCACCACCCCCAACAAAGGUAGGAAUUCAUUUGAAGGAUCCGUGUUCUCGCAGUCGACAAAGGCGAAGCCGGUUGCGGACAAUGCUACGCUGCCUUGGGAGAAGAAGACGCAGCCACAAGGCAACCUCUUCGGUCAAGCGAACAAACCAAACGGUCUGACCGUCAAUUUACCAAAGUCUAGUUUCGAUGACUUUGACGAUGACAUUGAGGAAGUUAUGUUAUGAUGAGCUCAUGAAAGAGACAUACACAAUCUCUCUGUUGAUGAAAACAACUCAUUCAGUUCACCUGCUACAGUGAGAUAGGAGCUCAUUCUCUAUGAAUGAAAACAAAA